AUGGCAGCUGCCGCGGAAGAAAUCCCCAAGUCAGUCCUUAUCCUGGGCUCUGGAGUGUUUGGCCUCAGUACAGCAUACAGUCUCACUCAGAACCCGAAGUUCGCAAACACAUCAAUCACACUCGUUGAUCGCAGUGUGUUCCCAGCACCCGAUGGCGCAAGCAUAGACAGCAGCCGCAUCGUCCGUCCCGACUACGCAGAUCUUCCUUAUGCACGCCUCGCCAUUGAAGCACAAGCACGCUGGAGAAACGAAUGGUGGGGUCAACAAGAUGUCUAUCAUGAACCUGGUCUUGCGGUCGUGGUCAACAAGGAUGAAUCCGACAACGGAAACGGCGACCUGGGAAGAAAAUACAUGACGGAUAGUAUGGCCAAUGUGGAGCGUUGCGGACUCAAGCCUGGCAAGAAGAGCGAGGGUGCAGCGACAGGAAAAGGAGGCUCGUCCGUAGGCGACUUUGGCUACGUGAAUUGGAGAUCAGGCUGGGCAGAUGCAGAAAAAGGCAUGCGUGUCCUCCGCGCAAGAGUCGAAAAAACAAACCGCGUCAACUUCCUGCACGCCUCAAUCUCCCGCCUGCAAUUCAGCAACGACGCAGUGACCGGCUGCGAGACAGAUGACGGCAAACUCCUAACAGCAGACCUCAUCGUUCUAGCCACCGGAGCCUGGACACCCGCCCUCCUCGACCUCCGCGGCCGCUGCAGCGCAACAGGCCAAAUCCUCUCCUACAUCCAAAUCACCGAUGCCGAGCAAGCAGCCCUCGGUGACCGACCAACCCUCCUCAACGAAAGCAGUGGUCUCUUCAUAAUCCCACCCGUCAACAACGUUCUCAAGGUAGCUCGUCACGGCUACGGCUACUGCAACCCCACCACAAUCCCUCACCCCGAAGACGCCUCCCUGGGAAAAAUCACAGUCUCCCUCCCACGCACCCACAUCUCGCACCCAGGCCUCGAGAUCCCAGAAGAAGGCAAGAAAGCCCUGCGUAGUUUCUUGGCCGCCGUCUACCCUUCUCUGGCCACGAGACCUUUUCUCAACACGAGGAUUUGCUGGUACACGGAUACACCUCGAGGAGAUUGGUUGUUGUCCUAUCACCCAAGGUACAAGAAUUUGUUUGUAGCAACGGGAGGAAGUGGACAUGCUUAUAAAUUCUUGCCUGUGGUGGGAGAUAAGAUUGUGGAUUGUUUGUUGGGUGAGCCGCCUGCUGAGUUCAAGGAUAAAUGGGCUUGGCCGGAGAGAGAUGUCGAGGAUCAGGUCUGGACCAAGGAUUGGAGAGGCGGUGUCAAAGGCAUGGUCUUGGAGGAAGAGUUGAAGAAGGGCGAGAACAAGGCCAAACUUUGAGGAAACGGGGGAAAGUGAAGUUUGUAAUUAUACUCAGAUACAUGAGACAGGGAAACAAGAGGAUCUGGAGGAUCAUACGAUGGGCCGUAGAUGGAGACGAGAAGUCCGCAAAUUAUAUUGGCAAAUGCACAUCACAAAGCACAAACACCAUGAGCACUAGGAGACAACAAGUUUCGUCAUGUUUCUGAGAUGACAUUAGAAGAGGCUAUAUACCUCAAGCCACAUUAUCUAU